AUGCUUUCGUCGCUAGAUGCAGCGCUCGAAUCAGCGUCUGGUCCACGAACGGCUGCCUUUCAGCCGAAGCUCAAUCCUCGCGCUAGGAAGGGAGGAGCUGGCGGAGGGGCGGGUUCUGAAGCAGCUGCGCCCACAGGGCAAUCUGGCCCAGCAGCCGGUCCAUCAGGAGGGCACACUGCUCCACCGGGAAAUGUAGGGGGUGCUGCGCAGGCGGUAGCGCUGCCCGUCCGCGCGACAGCCGCUGCAGCUGCUACCGUCCCAUCCGGACGAACAUCAGCACCAGCGCAACGUCCCCUUCCCGACGCUCCGACUCCCGCUCCACAACUACCCUCCCGGUUUGCAGCGCCAGAAGCUCUUGUUUCGGCCUCACUUGCACCGUCCCCUUCGGCAGCAGUACUAGCCAGGGCGACACCUCAAACAGAAGGGUUAGGUUCCGUUCAAGGGGGUUUUGGCGCCCCUUCCAGAACUGCCACUGCUGCAGCUCCCCCCGCUCCCUCCUCCCAUGCUCCUACCCUCCCCGCUCCCCCCGCGUCCGCUCGUCCCGCUCCACGUGCUCCUGCGCUUGGCUCCCUAGAAAACGGUCCUCAUAGAAAUGCCGCGCCUACAGCUCAUGCUGCUGGUGCUGCGCCUAGCACUGCCCCAGGAGCAGCAGAUGCAGCGGUGCGGGGAAAUGCGAGAGGGAGGGCGAAGGAGAAAGAGGCGUCUGAGGGGGAUAAGAGCCGAGGCGUGAUUGGGUCGGGAACCAAGGGAGUCUUCUUCCCACACUCGUUCCGCAAAGGGAAAAGGCGCUCGCAGGUGACCCCGGAGCUACUAGCAGCGGAGGACCUGUCGGGCUUCACAAUCCAGCAGAUCAUUCAGCGCUCCGAAGUGCUCGACCGUGAGAAAGAGAAGGAGGAGCAGGAGAAGAAGCGGAUAGAGGAGGAGGUGGAGCGGAACAGAAGGAAGCUGGCCAGGAGGCGAGGCGAGGACGUGAACGAUGAUUGUGAGGGCCCUGCUGCGUCUGCACCUGCCAGCAACACCCCUCCUGGCAACAGCGGUGGUGGGGUGUUCGCUCCCCAGGUGACAGUGAUCGACGGGCGUAUCGUGGUGAACGAGGCGAGUCUCACGGUGGAUGCGCAGGGGGGGAGGGACGAUGCGAUGGAGGGGUAUAAGCGAGUGGAGGAGAGCUCAGCGCGGCUCAACUAUGGGACUCAUAUGAAGAGGGAGAAGAGCGACCGGUGGAGUGUGGACGAGACGACCCAGUGGUACCAGGCGCUGCAGCAGUUUGGAACGGACUUUGAGAUGCUGCAGGCGCUCUUUCCCAAGCGCUCUCGGCGGCAGAUGAAGGCCAAGUUCAAGCGGGAAGAGACGCUGCACCCGCACCUGGUUACUCAUGCACUCACACACCGAUGUACAGACAAGCAGCAGUACGAGCAACAGGCCUCGGCUUUUAACCGUCAUCUGGUGUUGCGAGGCGCAUCAAGAGACCUUGUUGAUUCUCCUCACCUCCCAUCCCUCUCACCCUUCUCCGUCCCACCAGACAAGCAGCAGUACGAGCGCCUGGCCUCGGCUCUCAAUCCACAGCUGGCGCUGCAAGGGAAGCGACGACGGACGGCUGGAGGAGAGGGGGGUAGUGCGUGGAUGGAUGGGGGAGCUGGAGAGGAGGGAGAAGGUGCUGGUAACGAGGAGGCUUAUGAGGAGGAUGAGGGGAUGAUGGAGGAAGUGGAGAUGGAGGAGUGGAGAGCAGUGGCAGCAGAGCCUGCAGGAGAGGGGGAGGAGGAGGGAAGGGCAGAGGAAGCAGGAGACGGGCUAGGGGAGGCGCAUGGAGAGGGAGAUGGUGUGGAUGGUGGGGAGGAGGGAAUGGGUGGUGAAGGUGCAUAUGGGGAAGGUGAUUAUGGCGCAGGGGCGGAUGGAACAGGAGAGUAUGGGGUUGUGACACAAGAGAGUGUUGCUGCGACUCAAGUAGAAGGUGACUAUGGUGAGGCGGAAUAUGGGGAGGGGGAGGAGGAGAUGGGAGGGACGAUAGGGUAUGAAGACCCGUUUGCUGCGUAUGGAGGGGAUGGGGAGGUGGAGGAGGAGGAUCCGCUGGGCGGGUAUGGCUAA